AUGUUAUCUUCACUUAAUCCUAAUUUGCAGGUAGCUGCCGCUAGAAUCUACGUCAAAACUCAAACGGUAACACAAAUCAAAAUCUCUUCGAUUUCAUCGAUCAUGAUUUCUAUAAGUCAUUACGUACCUCCAAUUCUUUCUUCUACCAUCCAAAACCUAAACCUUUUUUCCCUCGAUAAUAACAUGCUACUCAAAUUAUUCGGCUCCCGUACCAACAUCCCUAACCCUAAACCUAACCCUAGCUUUGAGGGAAUUGUCGUAGGAGAAAAGCCAUUGAUCUUGCAGAUUAUUCAUGCCGGAGGUGUGGUUGAACGACACUACAUGGCAUUCCCAGCGUCUUCAAUCAUUGACAAGUAUCCCAACUUCGUUUUGGCUCGUCCAGAGAUAUUCCGGCAGCCGUGGGACUCCAUUGUUCCGCCGGAGGAGAUUCUCGUCCCUGGACAAAAGUACUUUCUCGUUCCUCUCCGGACAGUGAAAAAACUCCGUCGCCGAGCAAGAAAUCCGAGCAAUUAUGAGAUGCCUAAUAGUUUGAUUUGUCGAGACGAGAAUACACCUUCUACCAAAUCUUCGUUGCUUCCCAAACCUAAACCUAUAUCAUGUAAUCGUCGUGUUCGUUUCAAGGGGAUCGACUCCAAAACCCCAAAUGCCAAAGGAUCGAGGAAGAAGUUGAUUGUGCGCUUUGCCCCUUCACUUACUGUGAUUGAUGAAACUCAAGGCUUCGAUGAUUAG